CGCUUUUUCUCACUCGUGAAAAAAAAUCGACCCGGACCCGUGUGCGUGCCCAUUUCUCCGUGGCAUUUCCGUGCAAGAAAAAGAGAUUUUUCUCGUGUUUUCCCGUGUUUGUAACGUGAACUAAAACACUCAGUGCAGAAUAAUGGCCCCACCAUCGUACUCCGAUCUUGGCAAGCAGGCCCGCGAUGUCUUCAACAAAGGCUACCACUUCGGACUGUGGAAGCUGGACGUCAAGACCAAGACCAACUCGGGUGUGGAGUUCAGCACGAGCGGCCACUCGAACCAGGACACCGGCAAGGUGUUCGGCUCGCUGGAGACCAAGUACAAAGUGAAGGAGUACGGUCUGAACUUCUCGGAGAAGUGGAACACAGACAACACGCUCACCUCGGAGGUGUCGGUCGAGAACCAGCUGGUGAAGGGCCUGAAGGUGUCGUUCGAUGGCAUGUUUGUGCCACAUACCGGAAGCAAAACUGGCCGCUUCAAGACUGCCUACUCGCACGAUCGCGUUCGCGUCGAUGCCGACUUCAAUGUCGACCUGAGCGGACCGCUGGUGAACGCGUCCGGUGUCGCUGCCUACCAGGGCUGGUUGGCCGGUUACCAGGUUGCAUUUGACUCGCAGAAGUCGAAAAUCACCGCCAACAACUUUGCUCUCGGCUACUCGGCCGGUGACUUUGUUCUGCACACCAACGUUAAUGAUGGCCGUGAGUUCGGCGGUCUGAUCUACCAGCGAUGCAACGAUCGUCUGGAGACUGCCGUGCAGCUGUCCUGGGCUUCGGGCUCGAAUGCUACCAAGUUUGGCAUGGGCGCCAAGUACGACUUGGACAAGGAUGCUUGCGUCCGUGCUAAGGUCAACAACCAGAGCCAGAUCGGUCUCGGCUACCAGCAGAAGCUCCGUGAUGGUAUUACUCUGACAUUGUCCACGCUCGUUGAUGGCAAGAACUUCAACGCUGGCGGCCACAAGAUUGGCGUCGCUCUGGAGCUGGAGGCUUAAGUGCGCGCGCUCGUGCCGUUUUUGUGUUCUUGCGCCCAUUUCCCCCCUUUCCCCUAAAGAAGCUCCCUGGUUCGCAAAACUCAGCUGGCUUGCGGACACACGAAAGAAGAAAGUGCAGGGGCUGCAUUGGGUGUAGUUGCAAAGUGUUUUAAGAAAUAUUAAACGAUCGAGGGAAUCCUUACCACAUAUACCUACUACUCUACUACUAAUGCUACAGUUUAAAUAAAUUGAGAACCACGAAAACCCAGCUAUAUCAUAAAAUAAUACGUACACACAGCACAGCCGGUAACGGCGAAGAAACGGAAGCACACACUAUCACGCAGGAGCCUAUCUGAGACGAGAGAAUCGGUAUCAGCAGUGGGAAUUAGAGCGAGAGAAGAGGAGACGGUAGCGCAAUGCUUUUCACGGAUGAUUUUCCUAAUUAUGUGAAGCUAUCCACGUUGAUUCUCAGAUGUAGUGCGAAGCAGACCAUUAAGUCGAAAAAGGCACUUCCGAUGCAAAGAAAAUGGUAUUCACCAAUAGCUGCAAUCCCACUGAACGAAUGCAUAAUUGCUGCUUCUUCACUGGGCCUCACCUAACAAGACCUUCAACUCACUAUCAGACCUCUGCCAGUGACCACGCUGUAGCGGCUCGCCAGCUUGCAACUCAGCGCGCGCGGUUCUGCGUAUCACAUCACAAACGAAGCUGCCGUGAAAAAGACACUCAAAGAAUAAGAAUAAAGUAAUUACUGUUAGUCUA